CGUAAACACAAUGUGGUCAUGUGAAGAGAGGGGACUGGUUUAGGGAGUUAUUAACACUUACGACGUUUUUAUGUUAUUAAAUCCUGAAAAAACGAGGCCAGGGAAUGAAAAUAAUAUCACGUGACGGUAAUGGGGCGGUCCUUUGACUGUGGAAAAAAGCCAUUUUCUGGCGCUGCUGCAAAAUCUAGCUAACCAACUAAAAAAAAAUAUUUACCUGGUUUCACGUCGGGAGGUACUGGUGGUUUUCAUGUCAAAGCAGAUCCUUCCAGAUGGAUAAAAUGCAACCCAGUCGAAUAAAAAUAACAGAGCUGAAUCCUAACUUGAUAUGCCCACUGUGUGUGGGCUACUUCAUCGAUGCCACCACCAUCGUGGAGUGCCUGCAUUCAUUCUGCAAGACGUGUAUUGUUGCCUUCCUGGAAACGAACAAGUUUUGCCCCAGGUGUGAUGUCCAAGUACACAAGACGUGUCCACAGCUCAGCAUCAGGUCAGACAAGACUUUACAGGACAUUGUAUACAAGCUUGUGCCUGGAUUAUUCAAAGAUGAAAUGAAGCGGAGACGGGACUUCUAUGCCAAUCAAGAAAACCAACACCUGGAACCAGGAGAGGUGGUGGAGGAGCCAACUAUUAUUGCAGAAGAUGAAAUCAUUAGUCUCUCCAUUCAAUUCCAUGAGAAGAAUAAAAUGGAUGCACAACCCGGUGAUGCAGAAGGAGACAAGACCAACAGCAAGCGCUUCCUUCAGUGCCCAGCAGCCAUGACAGUCAUGCACUUAGCCAAGUUCCUGCGUAGCAAAAUGGACAUUCCAAGCACCUACCGGAUUGAGGUUCUGUAUGCUGACGAGCCCCUGAAGGACUACUAUGCGCUGAUGGACAUUGCCUACAUGUAUUCAUGGAGACGUAACGGGCCCCUACCCCUGCAGUACUGGGUCAAGCCCACCUGGAAGCGUCGAAGGCUGUCCCAGGGCACCGCCCAGGCCCACUCCGACGGCGUCAACACCAGUCCGACCUCUGAGAGCGACUCUCACAGCGACAAGGCCUUGAGCCCGGCGGGCCAGGCCGCCAGAGCCUCCGCUCUGCCCAGCCCGGCUCUCCGUGGCCAACCCUCCACCCUCCAGAGCCCCAGUGGUACCACAGGACCCAACGGCACUCAGCGGCUCCCUCUUGCCUCCAAGUCAGGGAGCAACGCCCGCAAGGUGAACGUCAAUGGCAAAAGCAACGGAGCUGCGGCGGAGACGAGGGGCGGGGACAAAGGGGCGUUACCGCCCCCAACUUAAACCCGACGCGGCCCAGAAAUACGGAGGGCGGAUCGGAAUUGCCCCAAAUUGAGUAGCUCCUCAAUGGACAACUGGAACGGAUAAGGAAAGUCUGCCAAGAGAGUACUGAGGGAGCAGGCAAUUUUGAUCAGCAAAAAAAAAAAAAGACUGUCAUGUGCAGCCAAGUAGACAUUUCAUUUCAAUGUGUUGUGGGUGUGUGUGUGUGUGAGUGUGUGUUAGAGUAAAAACAUGCAUACAAAAUGUACAGUAUGUAGCCAAUGUGAGCCUAUGUGCACACAUGGUCAUGUAUAUAGAGUAUCUUUUAUACAGGAUAUUGUCUUUUUUUUUUUUUAUGGUUAUAUGCAGUCAGUUCCCUGAUUCCUUCCCCCGAGUCUUCAGAAUUAAAUUUGGCUUCAGAUAUCUUGACAAAAUGCUGAAGGGCAUUGCAGGGCAAAUUUCUGAAAAUAUUUAAAGGAUAUAUAAAGGCAAGCUCAAUUGUCUUCCCUCUGUCAGUAAUACUGUAAAGUGACUGGUUUCAGCAGCUGCCUUACUGUAAACAGGAAUCAGUGGUCUGAGCACCACCUCCCACAGUGGACAACAGACACAAAAACAUUUGAUGCACUUUCUUUGUGAGAAAUGCAGACCACAGUAUGAGCAAUGAACCACCCUGUGCUUUGCCAUUAGAAAAAGCAAUUUAUAUUUAUCAAGCAGCACUACAUUUGUCUGAAAAAAGGUUGAGUCCUGUACGUGUUUGUCAACCUUUGAGAUUACAUAACGGUACCGGUUCUGUUCACAGCAGAGGAAGGAGCUCAAAAGGGAAUUGUAUAUCUGACCAUGUAACACUCCAUGUUGUAUUUUCAUAUACAUUUGACAUUCCCUCAAUUUUGACCAUUCAAUGAUAUUAUUCUAAAAUAUCAGCCAUAUGUGCAUGUUUAGGUCAUUAAAAUGUUUACUUACUUGG